UGACUGGUUCUCGUCUCGCGAGACUUGCGUGAACCGCCGCGCUUCCUUGCUGUUUUUUUCACUCAUCAACACACAUAACGCAGCAGCGUUACAGGAGCGACUGCUUAUAGACGGAAACAUUCGCUUACACCAAUAUACUCGAUAUAUCACCAUCACCGAAUGAACCCAGAGUCUCACACAGGAUUUAUAUCUCCAUCACCAUCGUCAUCAUCAUUUCUGGAGCAGCUUCAUCCUCAAGUCUCGCGAUGGUCUUCCCUCUUCCUUGCGCCGUGACCGAACUCUCGCGCCUUUCUCUCUCGCGAGAUUUACGCCGUUCUCUCUCAGACUCCAUGAUCUGCUGUCGAGCGGCGCGGCACGGCGCGAUCCUCCCCGCGCGCAUGGAGUAACGCGUCCCGGUGAGGAUGGAGAGCGCGAAAGCGAAGAAGAGUGUGUGCGUGCGAGCCGAGGAUGAGGAGGAGGAUGAAGAGCAGAGCGCGUCGAGCAGCCCGAUCUCCGCAGAGCCCCUGAGAGCCUGCUCCAGCCUGAGGAAGAGGAGGGUGAAGAGGCAUCCGUCCAGCCUGGUGUCCGGGCCCCUGCCGCUGCGGCCCCGUCCCCGCCCCGGGCCCCUGCUGCAGCCCAGUGACCGUCAGUGGGUGCGUGUGGACCUGCGGCGCGGCUCUGUGCAUGUGCACCCCCGUCUGCAGGUGUGGGCUCCGCCGCCGCCUCCUCGGCCGGUCCUGUGCACCGUGGACUGCACCGCACAGGAGAUCGCCCAGCGGCUCCAGCAGAGCAGCGGCUCUGUCCUGCGGCUCCGGGGCCCGCCCUGCGCUGACCUCCCUGACUCCUGUGACCCGCUCAGACUGCCACACAACGGGGCCGAGGGCCUGCAGGACCGGCUGCUGCUGCUGGAGAGGGACCCGCGGUACCCGCAGCCGGAGUUUGAGCUGUUUACACACUCGGCGUCUCCGCAGGACGAGGACUCCAAGCGCUUCUCGGAUGUGGACAGCAGCAGUGUGUGUGAGGAUCUGGGCCCCGGGGCCCACUUCGGCCAGCACCGCGACUCCCUGAGCGAUGAUAUGAUCCUGGGGACGGAGGCGUGUGCGCUGAGCCCUGUGGAGGGCCUGGACCCGUACGGCAGCUCCUCUGAUGAGCUGGAGCUGGACCCGGGGCCCACAGCGGCCCCCAGCGCUUCACACACUGCAGACUCUGGUCCCGCUGACCCCAGUGCUCCUGAGGACGCAGAGUCGGCUCCGGCGCUGUAUGUCCAGCUGCACGGUGAGGCCGCGCGCCGUCUGGGCCCCGAGGAGCGGCCCCUGCAGAUCCAGAAUGACUUCCUCUGUAAGCUGGGCUUUAAGGACCCGUGGCGCGUGCAGGAGGAGGGCAUGAACACUGAGCUGGGCUCACUGCUGCGCUUCUACGCAGGAAAACCUCACAGUAUCGAGAGCUCGGAGCGAAUCCAGCUCUCUGGGACGUAUAACGUGCGGAAGGGAAAGCUGCAGCUCCCGGUGAACCGCUGGAGCCGCCGGCAGGUCAUUUUAUGCGGCACGUGUCUGAUGGUGUCCUCGGUGAAGGCUAGCCAUACGGGGAAGAUGCACAUCCUGCCUCUGAUCGGAGGAAAGGUGGAGGAGGUGAAGAAACACAGCCACUGUCUGGCCUUCAGCUCGGCGGGUCCUCAAAGUCAGACCUACUAUAUCAGCUUCGACAGCUUCACUGAACACCUGCGCUGGCACCGGCAGGCUGCAAAGAUGGUGUCUCAGAGGAUCAGCUCAGUGGAUCUGUCCUGCUGUAGUCUGGAGAAGCUUCCUCCAAACCUGCUGUUCAGUCAGGAUCUGACGCACCUCAACCUCAAACACAACUUCCUUCCUGCGGACCAGACGCUGCUGCAGCUCCAGAGGUUCAGUCGUCUGCGGAGUCUGAAUCUCUCCAAUAAUCAGCUGUGCAGUUUCCCGCAGGCGCUCUGCUCCAUCAGCAGCCUGAGCGAAGUCAACCUGAGCUGCAACCGCCUGCGCUCCGUCAGCCCUGACAUCGCCCGCAUCAGCAGCCUGCAGACGCUGGUGCUGGACGGUAAUCUGCUGUGUGCGCUGCCGCUGGAGCUGGGCUCUCUGCACCGGCUAGUGUUUCUGGGUCUGUCCUUCAAUGAGUUCCAGCAGGUUCCGCCGGUGCUGGAGCGGCUGCCCGCGGUCGAGAGGCUCUGCAUGGCAGGAAACAAACUGACGGAGCUGCGGCUGCAGAGCUUCAGACUGCUCACUGUCAGACACGUGGAUCUACGUCUGAAUCAGAUCUCCAGUGUGCUGCGGGACGAGCCGGAGUUCCUGCGCGGGGUCACUCAGCUGGACCUGCGGGAUAACUGUCUGCGGGAGCUGGACGCGUCUGUGUUCCCCCGGCUGGAGGUGCUGCACUGCCAGAGGAACCGCAUCUCUCAGCUGCGCGUGUGCGGCACCACGCUCAAAGCUCUGCACGCGUCCAACAAUGAGCUGCAGGAGAUUGUGGUCAGUCCUGCCGCCUCAAACCUGACGUACAUCGACAUCUCCAGGAACUGUAUGAAGGCUCUUCCAGACUGGUUGAGUGACAGCAGGAAGCUGGAGGUUCUGGACAUCAGUCACAAUCAGAUGACGGAACUUCCUCCAUGGUUACUCUGCAGCUCGAGUCUGAGGAAGAUUCUGGCGGGUCACAAUCAGCUGAAGCGUCUGCCGGAGCGGGUGGAGCGCCCCCUGGUGGAGGUGCUGGAUCUACAACACAACCAGCUGGAGGAGCUACCCUGCAACCUGUUCCUCAAGACUGACAGUCUGCGGUGUCUGAACGCAUCGGCCAAUAAGCUUGAGAGUCUGCCAGCCUCCAGCCUAUCAGAGGAGAGCAGCAGCAUCUUACAGGAGCUCUACCUGACCAACAACCUGCUGACGGACAAGUGUGUGCCACAGCUGACCGGACACACACACCUGCGCAUCCUGCACAUGGCCUACAACCAGCUGCAGACCUUCCCCGCCAGUAAAAUGGCAAAGCUGGAGGAGCUGGAGGAACUGGACCUGAGUGGGAACAGGCUGAAGGCGGUGCCGACCACCAUCCUGAACUGCAGACGCAUGCACACACUGGUGGCGCACUCCAACUGCAUAGAGGUGUUCCCUGAGGUGCUGCAGCUGAUGGAGAUGAAGUGUGUGGAUCUGAGCUGUAAUGAGCUGAGUGAGAUCACGUUACCGGAGACUCUUCCUCCUAAACUGCAAGAGCUGGACCUGACGGGGAACCUGCGCUUAAACCUGGACCACAAGACCCUCGAGCAGCUCAAUAACAUCCGCUGUUUCCGGAUAGACCCGCCCCCCUCGUCUUUCUCAGCCAAUGAGGCGUCAGGAGGGCCAGCGGUGUGGAGUCAUGGUUACACUGAAGCAUCCGGCAUUAAGAACAAGCUGUGUGUAGCAGCGCUCUCCGUCAACAGUUUCUGUGGCAGUAGGGAAGCUCUGUAUGGGGUGUUUGACGGCGACAGGAACGUGGAAGUGCCGUAUCUGCUGCAGUGUACCAUGAACGACAUCCUGGCGGAGGAGCUGCACAGGACCAAGAGUGAGGAAGACUACAUGACCAACACCUUCCUCGUCAUGCAGAGGAAGCUGGGCACGGCGGGGCAGAAGCUGGGCGGUUCGGCGGUGCUCUGCCACAUCCGGCAUGACCCCACAGACCCUGGUGGCUGCUUCACCCUCACUGCCGCCAACGUGGGUAAGUGCCAGGCGGUGCUGUGCCGAGAUGGGAAAGCCCUGCCACUAUCUCUGCUGCAUAACAUCAGCAUCCCGGAGGAGUACAGUCGCAUACGCCAGCAUAAAGCCAUCAUCACUGAGGACAACAAAGUGAACGGCGUCACGGACUCCACACGCAUCAUGGGCUACUCGUUCCUGUACCCCGCGGUGCUACCCCGGCCGUACGUCACCACACUCCCGCUGACCCCCAGAGAUGAGUUCUUUAUCCUGGGCAGCAGGGGGCUGUUCGAGGCCCUGGAGCCCAGUGAGGCGGUGGACGCUGUGAGAAAGGUGCCUGACGCCCUAGCGGCCGCUAAGAAGCUGUGCACGCUAGCUCAGUCGUACGGCUGCACGGAUAGUCUGAGCGCAGUGGUGGUGCAGCUGAGCGUAGCUGAAGACUGCUGCUGCUGCUGCUGCUCCACGCACACCGCCUCCGCCAGCAUCCACCCGCAACCUCCGCCCAGCCCUGGCCCAAGCCUAUAUCCAGCAACAUCCUCCGGCGCACCCCCGUCCUCCUGCAGCGAGAUCAGCUCAGAGGUCAGCGCGUCCGAAAUGAGUUCUGAAGUGGGAUCUACAGCAUCUUCAGACGAGCCGCCGCUGCUCCUGCAGGAUGCACACCUCCACCUGCACCCCCACCCACCACGGGUGCAGUGCUGCUCGCUCCACCUAGCACCUAACACUAGCGGCUCGUUCCAGAGGCAGCUCUCCAGUGCCACGUUUUCCAGCGCACUGUCUGAUAACGGAUUGGAUAGUGAGGAUGAGGAGCCGAUCGCUGGUGUGUUCUCCAAUGGGAGUAGGGUGGAAGUGGAGGCAGAUGUCCACUGCCUAGGGCUCCUGGCUCCACCUUCCACCCCUGAGGCGCCGGAGCAGGACACAGAGAAGAGUCCGGAUGCAUGGAGCAAGACUUUAGGCAAGCGUCGGGGGAAUGGCUCGGUGGCGCAGCAGGAGCGCAGCCAUAAUCUGAUAGAGGUGGCGGCGGAGGCUCCGUCCAAGAAAAGCGGGGGUUAUUUUACAGCGCCGGCACAACCAGACCCCGAUGACCAGUUUAUCAUCCCUCCAGAGCUGGAGGAGGAGGUGAAGGAGAUCAUGAAGCAGCACCAGCAGGACCAGCAGCGGCCCGCCAAGAGCGAGCGGCCCGCAGACUACUAUGACACUCCGCUCUGAGGUCGGCCAUCAUACACUCAGUCAAACCCAGAGAUGGUUCCGCAUCCAUUUGGAGAUUUUAUGGAUAUAUUGGGACUCUCUGGAAUGGAUUCUGAGCGUGGUUUGUACCAACAGAUGGCGCUGUGUGAUUUACAAAUAGCUGUACUCCGCUUGCGUCCAAUUCCUUACACAGAGGACUCUAACCUAAAACAAUCAUUAAUAAAGAUAGAGCGCCAUCUGCUGUUCAGUGCUAGCCUAGAGCACCAUCUGCUGGUAAAACUUAGGCUAGAGCAUCAUCUUCUGUUAAAACACUAGUAUAGAGCACCACCUACUGUUAAACACUAGCCUAGAGCAUCAUCUGCUGUUAAACACUGUUGUAGAGCACCAUUUGCUGAUAAAAUCUAGCCUAGAGCAACAUCUGUUAAUCAAAGCUAGUCUAGAUCAACAUAUGUUGAUCAAAGCUAGCCUAGAGCAACAUAUGUUGUUUAUAGCUAGCCUAGAGCGACAUCUGUUGGUCAAAGUUAGCCUAAAGCGACAUCUGCUGUUAAACUAGCCUAGAGCGACAUCUGUUGGUCAAAGUUAGCCUAGAGCGGCAUCUGCUGUUAAACUAGCCUAGAGCGGCAUUUGUUGGUCACAACUAUCCUAGAGCGCCAUCUGUUGUUCAAAGUUAGCCAAGAGCGCCAUCCGCUGUUAAACUAGCCUAGAGCGACAUCUGUUGGUCAAAGUUAACCAAGAGCGCCAUCUGCUGUUACAAACUAGCCUAGAGUGACAUCUAUUGGUCAAAGUUAGCCUAGAGCGGCAUCUGUUCAAAACUACCCUAGAGUGACAUCUGUUGGUCAAAGUUAGCCUAGCGCGCCAUCUGCUGUUAAAACUAGUCUAGAGCGACAUCUGUUGAUCAAAGUUAGCCAAGAGCGCCAUCUGCUGUUAAACUAACCUAGAGCGGCAUCUAUUGGUCAAAGUUAGCCUAGAGCGGCAUCUGUUCAAAACUACCCUAGAGUGACAUCUGUUGGUCAAAGUUAGCCUAGUGCGCCAUCUGCUGUUAUACUAGCCUAGAGCGACAUCUGUUGGUCAAAGUUAGCCUAGAGCGACAUCUGCUGUUAUAUUAGCCUAGAGCGACAUCUGUUGUUCAAGGUUAGCCUAGAGCGACAUCUGCUGUUAUACUAGCCUAGAGUGACAUCUGUUGGUCAAAGUUAGCCUAGAGCGACAUCUGCUGUUAUAUUAGCCUAGAGCGACAUCUGUUGUUAUACUAGCCUAGAGCAACAUCUGUUGGUCAAAGUUAGCCUAGAGCGACAUCUGCUGUUAAACUAGCCUAGAGUGACAUCUGUUGGUCAAAGUUAGCCUAGAGCGCCAUCUGCUGUUAAACUAGCCUAGAGUGACAUCUGUUGGUCAAAGAUAGCCUAGAGCGGCAUCUGCUGUUAAACUAGCCCAGAGCGACAUCUGCUGUUAAACUAGCCCAGAGCGACAUCUGCUGUUAAACUAGCCCAGAGCGACAUCUGCUGUUAAACUAGCCUAGAGCGACAUCUGUUGGUCAAAGUUAGCCUAGAGCAACAUCUGCUGUUAAACUAGCCUAGAGCGACAUCUGUUUUUCAAAGUUAGCCUAGAGCGCCAUCUGUUGUUAAACUAGCCUAAAGCGCCGUCUGCUGCUAAACACUACCAUAGAGCGCCAUCUACUGUUCAAAACCAAGCUCAGAAUCCGCUCUAGAGAGAAUGGCGCUGUGUUCUGCAGAUCUCCUCCUGGAUGCGGUACAGCUCCAGUAUGUUGAAUGAUGGCGUCUGCUGUCUGUCAGUAUUGAGCGAGCGCCUCUGUUAGCGCUGCUCUGGGCCAAACGGGUGUGUGUGACGCCGCUUUCCUCCAGAUUUCCCUUUAAGAGAACACAGGAGUGGCUCCAGCGGUUCACUAGUCUGAAGAGCGGUCCACUACUGAUGUCUGACUGUCUAACACUCUUCUGUUCCUCAGAGCCGUCUAGAGUUCAACACUAGCGCUGCGACACACUUUGCUUUGGUUUCAGGAUGUGGUCCUCCUCUGCGAGAGGAGCUACAGCAGACUGAGAUGUUGAUGAGAAGCAGGAGCUGUGAGUUGUGUUGUGCGGUACACACGAGUAACACCACGCUUACCUGUUGUAGAUAGAGCACUUACAGUAGUACUGUUCCUCUGCAGUACAGCGCGGCCUCGGCCACUAUUAAACUAGAAAUUUAGUGUAAAUGUCAAAGACUAACUCCUAGGAGUUGCUCCUCUUAUGGUGACCUUAUCGUCACUUUACUAAUCUUCUCUGAGAGAAAUGGUGAUUCUUCUUCUUCUUCUCUUCCUCAUGAGUGUAAAUAAGAGCCAUGUUGAAUACUGAUGCUUUCUACAGGAACUGAGUGUCUAGAACAAGAGAUCAGCACCCUUUAUACACACACGCCAAUACAUCUGUGUGUGUGUGUGUGUGUCAGAGCAUACACACACACUCACACACACACACACACACACACACACACACACACACACACUGUAAAUGAGCUGUGCAUUAUUCUGCCCAGUGCUGUCUUCACUUGCUGAUUAAUGAGCCACUCACACACACACACAUGCGCGCACACACAUACACACAAGCUCAAACAAACACUCUAACAUAUACACCCACACACACACAAACUUUUAUUCACACUCAAACAUACACUCUUAUACACACACACACACCUAUACACUCACAUGCAUGCACACAUACAAUCACUUAAACACACACACACACACACACAUACAUAUACACUCACACGCACACACUUUUUCUCCCACUCAUACACACAUUUACACACACCCUCAUAAAAACAAGUACACACUCACACUCUCUCUCUCUCUCUCUCACACUCACACACACAUGUACACACAAACUUUUAUACACACUCUAACAUCCACACCCACUCUCACACACACACACACACACACACACACACACUCAGACUCGCGCGCCUCGUCACACCAGCAUGACUGUGUCAGUCCUGUAAUGCAGAGCAGCUCAUCUGUAAGGAAUCAAACACACACACACACACACACACACACACACACACACACACACACACACACACACACACACACACACACACACACACACAGUUCCUAGUUUUGUUAUAAUAAAUCUUAAAUUUAUGACUCUAAA